AUGAUUGGGAGAUUAUUGGUAAUAUCUUGUCUACUCAUUAAACUAACAGUUAACGUCAUUCUACAUGAUCAAAGACCCCAUGUUGUUCUUAUGUGGACACCUUUCGAUUUGCAUAAUCUAGUUUACUAUUAUCUCACUAUUAUUUUCGAAAGUGUAAUAUAUCUCUCAAGUGCAUUUACGAACUUAACUAUGGACGUUAUGUAUUACAUUCUAGUAGAUAUAGCUUGCUGCGAAAUGGACAUUUUGAUGUAUAAAUUGACAAAUUUGAAUUCUGACUCAGGAUACCUAAAACUUAGUGAGGACCUAAAAGACUGUAUAAUUUAUCAUCAAAAUAUUUUAAGCUUUAUAAAAGUUAUUCAGGAUCUGUACUCUAGAAUUAUAUUUACGCAGUGCAUUGGAAGCAUGUUAGUCCUCAGUUAUUUAGGAUUCCAAAUGAUUGCUACAGAGGUCAACAAGCAGUAUUUUAAUGAGAUGAAGGAAAUAGUAAAAGAAAAUGAAUUAAUCAAAGAAGAAAACAAGAUACUGAAAAAUCAUAUAAACAUGAUAAAUAACAGAUUAGAGAAAUUAGAAAACAAAGAAAGGAGAAAUAAUAUCGUGAUUCAAGUCCUUAAUAUCAAGACGGAUGAACACAGCAUUCUUAAAGAGGAAAUGAAAACUUUCCUAGACAACGAGCUAGGAGUGCAAACCCAAUUUCCAUCUAUAAUUUUUAUGACUCAAGCUAACUAUUUCGCUGCAAUGGUAUGUCAAAUUUUUAUGUAUACUUGGUUUGGCCAGCAAUUUAUGGUUAAGAGUCAAGAGGUAGCGCAGGCUUGUUAUCUAUCAGAAUGGCAUACAUUUGAUAUAAGAAUCCAGAAAACUCUGCUGGUCAUAUUAACGAGAAGUACCAAACCCGUUGUUUUAAUUGCAGGGACCUUUGACUUGACAUUGGAAACCUUUGUGAGGGUGAGCGACAGCAACCCCUAA